AUGGUGCAGAAAAUGAGCCACUCGGAGAGCACCGCCGAGGCGCUGUCCUUUUUCACCGGGGACUCGGGCUCCGACUCCGGGGCGUGCAUGGACCUGGACCCGGCCGCCUCGCCUCUCUCCCCGGGCUCCACGGCCUCCUCCACCGCCGGGGACAAGCUGGGAGAGAACCCGGCGUGGUGCAAAACUCCCAGCGGCCACAUCAAGAGACCCAUGAACGCGUUCAUGGUGUGGUCGCAGAUCGAGAGGAGAAAGAUCAUGGAGCAGUCUCCGGAUAUGCACAACGCGGAGAUCUCCAAGCGGCUGGGGAAGCGCUGGAAGCUGCUCCGAGACAGCGACAAGAUCCCCUUCAUCCGGGAAGCCGAGCGGCUCCGGCUCAAGCACAUGGCGGACUACCCCGACUACAAGUACCGGCCCAGGAAGAAGGUCAAAUCGAGCGCAUCCAAGCCGGCCAGCGGCGGCGAGAGGGGGGACAAAGUUACGAGUAGCUCCAGCAACACCAGCACCAAGUCCUCCUCUUCGAAGAAGAGCGGACCCAAAUCACCCAGCAGCAGCAGCAGCAGCAAGCCCAGCAAAUCACUUUUCGGGAGCGGUAGCACCAAAGCAUCACUGUUUGCCGCCGAGCACCCGGCAGAGCACCACCACAACUCUCUCUACAAGUCCAAGUCGGUCUCCUCCGCGGCGAAGCAGAUACCGGAAGGCAAGAAGCCCAGGCGGGUGUACGUGUUCGGCAGCGGCGCGGCCGGCCUGAGCGUCAGCCCCGCGUCCUCCGUCGUGGUCCCGGCCAGCCCGACCCUCAGCAGCUCGGCGGACUCCAGCGACCCGCUCAGCCUGUACGAGGACGCGGCGGGCGGCCGGGAGGAGGGCCCGGAGCCCGGCAGCGGAGGAACCGGCGGGAGCAGCGGCAGCGGCGGUUCUUCGGAGCGGAACGGCGGGCACACGUACAGCAGCCGGCGGGCUUCCUCCCCCACUCCCUCCGGCUCCCACUCCUCCGUGUCGUCCUCCUCGUCCUCGUCGGAGGACGAGGAGUUCGAGGACGACCUGCUCGACAUCAACCCCAGCCCGGGCUUCGACAGCAUGUCGCUGGGCAGCUUCGGCUCCUCGGUGCUGGACAGAGACUGGGACUUGAACUGCGAGUCCAUCUCCGGGGGGUCCCACUUCGAGUUCCCCGACUACUGCACGCCCGAAGUCAGCGAGAUGAUCUCCGGAGACUGGCUGGAGUCCACCAUCUCCAACCUGGUUUUCACGUACUGA